GGGGCGGGGGCGGGCCCGCGCGGCGCAUGCGCGCUGCAUUGUUUUGACUGAAAAUGCCGUCGGUUUCGAAAGCCGCGGCGGCGGCGCUGAGCGGGUCCCCCCCGCAGACGGAGAAGCCGACCCACUACAGGUAUCUAAAGGAGUUUAGGACAGAGCAGUGCGCCCUGUUUGUGCAGCACAAGUGCACCCAGCACAGGCCAUUCACCUGUUUCCAUUGGCAUUUCCUAAAUCAGCGUCGGCGCAGACCGCUCCGCAGGCGCGACGGCACGUUCAACUACAGCCCGGACGUGUACUGCUCCAAGUACGACGAGUCCAGCGGCGAGUGCCCCGACGGCGACGAGUGUCCGUACCUGCACCGGACAACUGGGGACACGGAACGCAAGUACCACCUGCGCUACUAUAAGACGGGCACGUGCAUCCACGAGACGGACGCCCGGGGCCACUGCGUGAAAAACGGGCCGCACUGUGCCUUCGCACACGGUCCCCUGGACCUGCGGCCACCCGUUUGUGACAUCAGGGAGCUGCAGGCCCAGGAGGCCCUGCAGAACGGCCAGCUCGGCGCUGGGGACGGUGUCCCGGAUCUGCAGCCUGGGGUCUUGGCCAGCCAGGCCAUGAUCGAGAAGAUCCUGGGCGAGGACCCCCGAUGGCAAGACACGCACUUCGUGCUGGGCAGCUACAAGACGGAGCAGUGCCCGAAGCCACCACGCCUGUGUCGCCAGGGCUACGCGUGUCCGCACUUCCACAACAGCAGGGACAGACGGCGGAACCCCAGGAGGUUCCAGUACAGGUCCACCCCGUGCCCCAGCGUGAAGCAUGGUGACGAGUGGGGCGAGCCCUCGCGGUGUGAGAGUGGGGACAGCUGUCAGUACUGCCAUUCCCGCACGGAGCAGCAGUUCCACCCCGAGAUCUACAAAUCUACGAAGUGCAACGACAUGCGCCAAACUGGUUACUGCCCUCGCGGUCCCUUCUGUGCCUUUGCACACGUGGAAAAGAGCCUGGGAAUGGCCAACGACUGGGGCUGCCGAGACCUCACCUCCGCCAGCAGCUCCGCGGCCAACAGCGGCCAGCCCGGAAACGCAAAGCGGCGAGAUUCCCCUGCCGAAGGCAGCCAGAAAGCCAGCGACCACGACAGUAAGCAGACCCACCUCGCGGUGUUGGCUGUGGUCCACCCGCUCGCUCCCAGCGUGAGCUCCAGUGUGGCGUCCAGCCUGGCGUCCAGCGCUGGCUCAGGUGGCUCCUCCCCCACCGCUCUGCCCGCCCUCUCGGCCCGCGCCCACCCGCUCGACCCCACCGGCAGCACCGUCGAGUCAGUCCCAGGCUCAGCUUUAGACCUGCAUCUCAGUGAUGUGAGCCUCGCAUCCCUGGAUAAAGAGCUGGAAGAGCAGGACGGCGGCGACCCCGGACCCUCAGGUCAGAGGUCUCCGGGGGGCUCGGCACCUGUCACCAUUCCGGGCUGCCUGCCGCGCUCCCCGUCCUUGCACUCCUCGUCGUCCCUGUCCACCUCCCCACUCAGCUCGCUCUCCCAGUCCCUGUCGGGGCCACUCGUCUCCUCGGCCAUGACACCCCCCCAGCAGCCGCCACCCCUCACGUCACAGCCUGGGACACUGGGCCCCUCAGCCUACAGCUCCUUAGGCUUGAACGGCGUCCCUGGGAACAUCUGGGACUUUGUUUCCGGCAGCUUCUCUCCCAGCCCGUCCCCCAUCCUGAACGCCGGCCCCGCGUCUUCUUCGAGCGCAAGUCCGAGCAGCGCUGAGCUGGCUCGGGUCCGGCGGCAGCUGGACGAGGCCAAGAGAAAGAUCAGGCAGUGGGAGGAGUCCUGGCAGCAGGUGCAGCAGGCCUGUGACGCGUGGCAGCGGGAGGCGAAGGAGGCGAAGGAGCGCGCGCUUGCGGCCGACAGCGCCCGGCAGCUGGCACUGCAGAAGAAGGAGGAGGUGGAGGCCCAGUUCCGGCGGCUGCAGGAGGAGCUGGAGGGCCGGGGCGUGUCCUCCACGCUCCCCGGGCUGCGGAGCUGCGGCGACAUCGGUGCCAUCCCCCUGCCCAAGCUGCACUCCCUGCAGAGUCAGCUGCGCCUGGAUUUGGAGGCGGUGGACGGGGUGAUCUUCCAGCUCCGGGCCCAGCAGUGUGUGGUGUGCGGGGAGCGGGCCCGCGGCGCUGUCCUGCGGCCCUGCCAGCACCGCGUGCUCUGUGAGCCGUGCGCGGCCGGGGCGCCCGAGUGCCCCUACUGCGAGGGCCAGCCCCUCCCGUGGUGACGGCGCCACGUCAUCGCUCACCGACAUCGGGCCCGGGCCCUGAGCAGCCCACCCACGGUUUCAUGGUAUCCUCCUCCCAACCCUUAGAGGCAAACCCACAGAACGCCCUGGAGCCUGACGUCCCAGGCGUGGUCAUCACGUAGGGUUUGCGCUCCCGACGCUACUGUGACCAGAUCCCUGGGAGUUCGGGUCCCGGCACAGCACUUUGUAACCCGAGGAAUUUAGGUGGAUGUUACGAGUUGCUACAAGCUGCUUUCUAGGUUCGUGUUUUUUUAAUAUGCGAUAAUCUGAAGCUUUAUAUGUGUACUGUGAACUUGAAAUACUUCAUAUCAGUUUACUGUUAAUUCAUAGUAUGGUAAAUAUAUUAGAUUUCAUAUUCUGAAGUUAGUACUUAUGCAAUGAGCAUUUAUCUAGUAGGAAGAAAUGCCUAGAAUUUUUACAGUUUUCAAAUUAAGUGCAAACAAAUAGUAUUUAUAGCAAAGAGUGAUUAUUGAAAGACAUAUACAUUUAGAUGUCUUUAAUUUUAUGAAAGGAACUCUUCCUAAACACGUGCAUGCGCACAUUAACUGGAGUUUUAUAUUCCUCUCUCGUGAAGUGACGUUGAGACAGCUCGAUCAUGCGUCCCACGACCCAUGGCCACUUUGUCUAAGUGCCUGUGCCUUGCAAAAGUGAAGGAAACGGUUGGUUGGGUUUUAUUUCCUCCCUUGAAACUGUAAGACAAUUGGACACUAGGGACAGAGCAGUGGAGGGGAGCCGGCGGCGGACGUCUCCGCGUCACUCUCAGUGUUGUGCUCGGAGCGCCUGGAACCUGCAGCCCUGCUCUCCAGCUUCUUAGAGCUGGUGGCCGGCAUCCCGGCUCACUGACAGGUGGCGUUGGGGCUGAGGCCGGAGACAUGCCCACUGUUGCUCCCCAUGCACAUCCGGGACCUCCAGGACUCCUGCCCACAUGGGACAGGCUGCCAAGCUGUGGUGUAGUCCAGACUCCCAGGCGACAUUUCUAGCCGACACUGUCGCCUGGUCUGUGCAUCCAGUUACCAUCAGUCACUCAUGUGACCCCAGGCUGCUGCGCGCUGGGGGGAGGCUGCCCCAAGGACCAGGCGCUGCCGCACAUCCCUCCACCCUGAGCAGCAGCCUGGCUUCGGGGCGCAGCAGAAACGCUACUGAGAAAGGGUCAGAUUUUAGUGACAACUUGAAUCUUCUCUGGUCUGCGUUGGUCAUUUUUCCUGGAAACCCAGGAAGAAGUAAAAGGUGUCUGUAGUUUACCCGAACUUUGCUCUCAGAGCAGCAGAUCCAGAGCGCCCUAAGAAAACCUUUCCAGAAUCUGCCGUUGGGCGGGAGCAGGUACCGGCCCUCUGGCCUGGAAGUGAGCGCUGACGCGUUUCCACCCGCCUGGGGCUUCGCCAAAGACUUUCCAUAGCGUUUUUUAAAGUGCAAAGUGAUUAGGUAAAAAUUUUUAUCAGUGACCAAAUUAGAAUGUAUUUACUAUAGUCAGAGGUUUAAACAUUUUUUAACGUCAGACGAACUGACAGCAGUUCUGUCGUUUCAAGGUGGAUCCAUGACAUUCCGCAGCUGGUCCGCUACUAACGGUAACUAUCCACCCGGUUUUAGUGAGUCUACUUUGUUUCUAAUUCUGGUGAUUUAUUAGCUCUUAGAAAUUACGUAUAUUUUGUGCUACUGUUAUCACUGUUUAAAUUCCUUAUUUUUAUUAAUAUUUAUGCACUUGUUCCCCAUCUCAGGCCUUUGGUCUUUUUUGGGAACCAGGACAAUGUUUAUCGUCGACAUCUAGCCUAGACGUUUUCAAAUUAUAAACAAUUAAGAACAAUUAAGCUUUAGGUCUAUUUAUAAGCUACUCUGCUCAGUUCUUUCUGUGGAGCUGGGGAGACUGGAGGUGCGUGCUCAUGGGGUCCCCGGCUGGAGGCGCGUCCCAAGCACCCACUCUCCCGGGAUCGGGACUGGCUCUGAGGACAGACAUGUGACAGGAAGAGCAGAGAGCCACCCAAGUGAAUGGCGCUCCUGGCCUUCCUACCCCUGCUGCUCGCUGCGGUGGCCCUGGCCUUCUGCGGGAGCCACCCUGUGCAGCCUCGCAGGCCGAGGUGGGGCCAGGCUCAGUGUCUCGGGGCUUCACCGCCCUGCACGUGGGUGACCGAAGGAGCGCUGGGUGCAACAGCUGCAGCGUCUGGCGCUGCCUGCGGCCGCUCAGCUCUAACAUUCAACACUAGCAGUAACACUGUCAGGAGGCCAUUCGUGUGACUGGUCAGCAGAGGACCAACGCAGUGUGGACACUUCAUGUGGAUUAAUUUAUGGACACGCCGAUCUGUAUGUUUGUUUUGCAUAUUUAGAUGAGAAUGUUAUUGGAAUGGAGUUUAACCCAGAAAGUAGUAUUUAUGACACAUAAUCAUUUACUGGUAGUGAAUUGUUUAAAGUUGUUAACACUUAAGUUUUUUUACACUAUAGCAUUUAUGCGAUGGUUUACAGAAUUCAUGGAAUUAUUUUUAUCAGUAUGGGAAUUAAUUAAAACUUUGAAUCUUUA